AUGUCCUCAUCCGCUGAAGGUGGACUUCGUCUCGGUUCGGAAAUUCAGUCGCUCGCCGCGGCCGGCCGUGUCAACAUGACGGAACUUGUUCAUCCUGUUCUGACGGAUCUCGCGAAGCGGACAAAGGAGACGGUGGAUCUUGCCGUCUUACGAGACGAUCAUAUGGUGUUCCUGGAUCAGGUCGUCGGUACGCAUCGGCUCCGGACCGUUUCUGCGGUCGGCGAGGUCUUUCCGAUGACGGAUACGGCAAACGGCAAGGCUGCCUUGUCCUUGUUUGAAGAUGAUCGUGUCGUUGCAAUUGCCAGCCGCGAGCUGAAGAAUGCCGGCCAAAGUCAGCGUCCGCUGUCCGACUUUCUCAAAGAGAUUGAAGACAUCAGGGAAACAGGUAUUGCCUGGGAUCUGGAUGAGCAUACACAAGGUAUCUCGGCAGCCGGAUUUGCCUUUCAGGACCCUGUCGGUCUGGUCUAUGCCAUCUCCGUGCCGGUUCCCUCACAUCGAUUUGCCGGAUUGCGAGAAAGUCUGGCCAAGCAGCUUCUGGGCGCACGCGAGGCGGUGGCAAAGCUGGUUUGA